UUAUUAAAUAGAGAAAUUAAAGAAAGAAUCAUUAAAGCCAUACUAUUGCUUCCUCUCUACUAUUUUAUGUGCCAAUCACUCUUCAUUUUUCUUUACCUAUUCAGCCUUCCUUCUUUCAUGGAGCAACAUAUCAACCUCCACUCCACUCACACUCAACACAACUCCUCUUCCACCACCUCCUCCUCCUCCGCUUCCUCCUCCGCCACCGCUUCUUCAAACUGUAUAAAGCCUAAACGACGUCGUAAUGAAGAACUUGAUCAGAAUGUCAACAGUAACGAGAAUAGUAAAAAAAAGCAAAAGAGUGAGAAUUUAAAGCACCCGACGUAUAGAGGAGUGAGAAUGAGAAGCUGGGGAAAAUGGGUGUCGGAGAUUAGAGAGCCGAGAAAAAAAUCAAGAAUAUGGCUCGGAACUUAUCCCACGGCGGAAAUGGCAGCUCGAGCUCACGACGUUGCGGCUUUAGCCAUUAAAGGUAACUCUGCUUAUCUCAAUUUCCCUCGGCUAGCUCACGAGCUUCCCCGUCCGGUCAGUAACUCUCCCAAGGACAUUCAAGCUGCCGCCGCCGAGGCUGCCGCAGCUGCAGCUGCUAAUUUGUUGCUCGAGACGACGGCGGCGCUGGCUGAAGUUGAAGCUGAUCAGACGAGUCAAUCGGAGUCAGCAAGUUCGCCUUCGACUGUUACUGUUACUAGUGAUUCUGAUGAGACAUUGUUUGACUUGCCGGAUUUGUUCACCGUCGACGGUGUUGAUCAUAAGAAUGAGUUUCUUCAUUAUUCUCAGUCAUGGCAGCUUUGUGGAGCCGAUACCGGCUUUCGGCUAGAGGAGCCAUAUUUGUGGGAGUAUUAUUAAAGAUUUUUUUUUAAACCAAGUAAAUAGCUUAAUUUAUAAAAAGAAAAUGUUAAUUUUAGCCCCCAAUUCUGAUGCAUUCUGUUAACAGAAAAAUCCUAGUUGAGAAACUUGUCAAAUUUUACUUUUUUCCUUCCCUUAA